UAAGAGCUAAUGAUGCUGAAAUGUGUUGCUGGAAGCACAUCUAACCUCAUUUUGCAGUGGUUGUAUGAACAGCAGUGUAUAGAGUGAAAACAUUUAUUUCACAUUUCCAGAAAACAAACAUAACAUGUGCCAUACUUUGGGAAUAUUCAUUGGCCUCUUACAAGGUUUGAUAAGUUGUGAUGGUCGACUCAGUGUAUUCCAGUAGCCCUUGCAGGCUGUUCAUUUCAAAAACUAAACAUUAAAUUCCAAGAAUCAAAGUUUCCAAGCAACCAAACCCUGCAAACAAAACUAUUGUACAUGAUAUUUAUGUCUUUGUUGCCUGGGAAUCCUGUUGCUGCUGCACACCUCACUCCAAACACUUGCUGAAAGCACUCAGUGGUUCUUGCAGCUGCAGAUGCCUUGCAGUUUGGGAAAGAUCAAGUCACAAGCAUGUAGAUGAGAGUGGCUGAGGUGGCGAUGAGCAGUCGAGAUGUGGUCGUUCUGAGCGUGGGAGGGGUGAGAUUUGUAACCUGGGCUUCUACCUUGCAGCAGUUCCCUGAGUCCAGGCUGGCACGGAUGCUGAACGAUGAUGACCGGGAAUUUAAACUGGUGAAUGGAGAGUUUUUUGUGGACAGAGAUGGAGCUUUGUUUAGUCACAUCAUGGACUUCUUGAGGACUCUCCAGGUCUCCUUACCAUCUGAUUUCUCAGACUAUCAGAGGCUGCAGAGAGAAGCAGAAUUUUAUGGGCUCUACCCUCUGGCUGACCUUCUGAGCCAGGAACACUUGCUGAAGCCAAGGCUGGAGAUCUUGGAAGUGCGUUUUUGUCGCCAAGAAAUGCAGGCCUUUUUCAGAAUCUUUGGUUCCUGCAGUACCACUGUUGAGGCACUAGCUGAGCAGAUCACUGUGUUUACAGGGCAGCAGUCAGGACAGAGCUGGAACAGCCCUUUUCCUUCUCAGAAGCCACUCGUUCCACUCCCUUUGGAAAGACCCUCUCAUCAUGACGUGUGUUUUCAGUGUGGUACUGACUACUCUGCUGGUGACCAGUUUGUGGCCAGGUAUGUUUCCAUAAAGCCUGAUAAUAGAAAGCUGAUUAAUGGUACUAAUGUGCUAGGCCUGCUGUUUGACACUUUACUCAAAGACGGAUUUCGCCUGAUAAGCACCAGGACAGUGGCCAGUGAAGAAAAGGUUGAAUGCUACACUUUUGAGAGGAUGAAGAGGCCAACAGGCCUUAGUGUCAUGGUGAACCAAACCCCAGGGAGCUCCGGGAUAGCACAGGCAAGGAGAAGCCAAGUGCAGAAACGGAAAUAA